UGUGUGUGUGUGUGUGUGUGUGUGUGGGUCCUCCCUUUUUACAUUUCUUUGUGUGUAGAAUUACAGCGUCGCUUUUUGCUGCAGAGAGAGGAGAGAGAAAACCGGUCGGAGGAGGUGAACGGGUUCGGACCUCUCCUGGAGGAGGCUGGUGUGACGUAGCCAUCCACACACACACACACACACACACACACAGGCUGCCGCCGCUGCUGCUGCCAGACUCUCAAUGUGUGUGUGGGGAAAUGACCGCGAGUGACCUCAAAAGGAGACACUGUGUGUUAGCGACUGCUCGCGUUUCCAUUUCACGCCGCAUUAAAAGCGUCAAAUUCAGACACUUGCGGCGGUUUGAAUGCGUUAAAUUGUCGUGUAGCUAAGCUGAAGUCGUCCCCCCGCGGGGGGGCUUUGUAACAUUGGUUUCUCCCUGCAGAUGCUAAAGCUAAGCUAGGCUAGGCUACGUGGGGCUAGCUGCUGUCAGAUGGAUAAAGCCAAGUCGAUGAUGGACAAGAAAGGAGCGUCGGGACCCUUUCAUGUCAACAACGGCUUUAACGGACACGUCUCCGGUAGCUGCUGCAGCAGCGGCGGCGGCGGCGGCUGCAACAAUGCUUUCGGGUCGAGCGGCGGAGCCAACAACAGCAAUAGCAGCAACAACAGCGGCGGCGGCGGCGGCACGUUUGAGAACAUGCACCAUCUGCACCGCGGGGACGAUGCCGAGUGCAACGGCUCCCCGGCCAAGAGGUGCAGGCUACGGAGGAGGACGGAGUCGGUGAGGCGGAGCAGACCUCCCUUUCCCUGGUUUGGCAUGGACAUCGGUGGCACCUUGGUCAAGUUGGUGUACUUUGAGCCAGUUGACAUCACUGCAGAGGAAGAACAGGAAGAAGUGGAAAACCUCAAGUCCAUCCGCCGCUACCUCACCUCAAACGUGGCCUAUGGCAAAACAGGCGUCCGCGACGUCCACCUGGAGCUGAGGAACCUGACCAUGUGCGGCAGGACGGGGAACCUGCACUUCAUCCGCUUCCCAACACAGGCCAUGCCCCGUUUCAUCCAGAUGGGUCACGACAAGAACUUCUCCAGUCUGCACACAACACUCUGCGCCACCGGAGGCGGCGCGUACAAGUUCGAGAAUGACUUCAGAACGGUGGCUGACCUCGAGCUGCUGAAGCUUGACGAGCUCGACUGCCUGAUCCGUGGUCUGCUGUACGUCGACCGCGUGGGCUUCAACGGACACCCGGAGGGCUACUACUUCCAGAACCCAUCGGACACCCAGAGCUGUGUGAAGAAGCCCUGCACCCUGGACAACCCCUUCCCCAUGCUGCUGGUCAACAUUGGCUCUGGGGUCUCCAUACUGGCUGUGUACUCAGAGAACAACUACAAACGGGUGACUGGGACCAGUCUGGGAGGUGGUACAUUCCUGGGCCUUUGCUGUCUGCUGACGGGCUGCGAGACGUUCGAGGAGGCGUUGGAAAUGGCCAGCAAAGGCGACUCCACCAACGUGGACAAACUGGUGAAAGAUAUCUACGGAGGAGACUACGAGCGCUUUGGCCUACAGGGCUCUGCUGUGGCAUCCAGUUUUGGUCACAUGAUGAGCAAAGAGAAGCGAGACAGCAUCAGUAAGGAAGACCUGGCCAGAGCCACGCUGGUCACCAUCACUAAUAACAUAGGAUCCAUAGCACGGAUGUGUGCUGUCAAUGAGAAAAUCGAGCGCGUGGUGUUUGUCGGGAACUUCCUUCGCAUCAACACAGUGUCCACAAAACUGCUAGCCUACGCCAUGGACUUCUGGUCGAAAGGACAACUACGAGCGCUCUUCCUGGAACACGAGGGUUAUUUCGGAGCCGUCGGGGCGCUGAUGGAGCUGCUCAAGACAACAGAGGACCCGUGAAGGAAACUGUGUCGUGACAUCGUCAACCCCCCCUCGACAAGACGAUGUCACGCACCCCCUUCCCCCCUGAACGCUGUGAUGUCAUCAACUCUCGAUGCUGUGACGUCAUCGACUUUCUUUUCCUUUCUUUUUUUUGACGCUGCUGAAAGGUCUCGUUCACAGAGGCCGCUAAAGGAACACUAAGAGAGCGGCACAGAAACUGAGAAAAGCCAUUUUAAUAAUUAAACUCUUGUAAAUAAUGAUAACCUCUAACAUUCAUGUUCCUAAAUUACCCAGAGUCCCCCUUAUCAUAGAGGUUUUAAUAUUGUAAUCUUUAAUUUAUGGUUUCCUGUAAUCACCUCUUGUUGAUUCCAAGUCAUCAGUCCUGCGUCAGGAAGCCCAGUGACGCAGAGUAUUUUAGAGGUUUUUUUGUUUCCGUGUGUGUUUUGUGUGAAUAGCUACUGUAGCAUUACGUCCUGGAGGCUGUGGGACCCCAGGCGACUAUUUGUGCAACAGUGUCUGCACAGACACGAAGCUACUCUUCAAUGAGUCAUUUUUACCACCAAGGAUCGAAAGGAAAUUCCUCUUCUGCGACCACUCAAACAUCAUUCGACCAUCAAUCCCUGCUGCCUUUUUCUGUGAGAGCAACGGCUGUAUCCGAAGCUUUUCGGUAACUCCUGCUUGUUACCGAUGCUGUAAAACCAUCGAAACUACAGCUGGUGGUCACCCAGCUCCGAACUGCAGACAGACAAGAGUUGUUGGGAGUAAAGUCUGGAAGGCGUUUUGUUGCACAAAAAGUUGCCCACCAAUGCUCCGGUCUUCUAAGGAUUGCACUGAAGCCAAAUCCUGUUGAGAAUCGUACGUACCUUCGUAUCCGCCUCCUUCAACUCAAGAUGGGAAGCAGGAAAAAACAAAAACAGUCUUCAAUUCUUCUUUCUGUCGCUCCACUGCACAUGGCCUUCGCCUUUUUGUUUCUUUCCUCCGUCUGCCUACACGUCAACAACAUUAAUAACACCAUAUUGCCAUGCAUGCGUGUGUGUUCACUGAGUUUAGUGUUAGAUGAUGGGACCAAGACAUUGUCUUCCAACAGAUAGCGCUACAGCUGUGUUUGCAUUGUCGUUUUUCUGUCGACUGGCAUCACUACGACUACGGUUCAGCCCGCGGUUCAGCGACCUGUGAUGUUUGUGAUUUGUGAAAUAUUACAGGAUGUUUUUUUUGUUUUUUUAAAUCUCUGUAGGGAAUCAUAUUUUCUUUUUCCCUCGUCCUUCCCUGUGUGUGUCAGUGUCGAGCUCAUGGACACUUGGAGCAGGAUGGAGGCCUGUUCCCUCAACCUCUAGCUCACCUGUCACCCUGCUGCCUUGUUUGGCUGUUGCAGUGUGAUUUAAUGAGGCGUUCAGGCUGCAGGCGGAGAUCACAUUGGCUCUCUUUUAGCCAAGAGUCACCCCUCAAGUAAAAUAUAUUAAUGCAAAUUAGCCGGCAGCAGGAUCAGCCCUGCCGGUUAGGCCGUGUUUUUACCGUCUAAUGAUGCAGUUAUUGUGCACGACGUUUGGUGAUUUGCUCACAAAGUGCUGCUGGGCAGGUGACGUUUUUAUUCCCUCCCCGCUUUGUACUCACAAACAACAAGUACAAACAGUCGUCCUACACUUCCUCUGUGACUAUUUCACUACAUUACAUUGUGCUUUAUCUCAACCAACACCGAAACCUUGCAAGAGCUUGUGUUUGAAGGUCAGAACCGAUCAGAACUGAACACAUUUGUGCGAAAAUCAAGCAGAAAUCUCAUUUAUCUCUCGGCCGCACAGUUUGCAUACCUCCGUCUCCCUCCGUCUGACUUUUUAAAGGAAUAUUACACGAUCUGCUGAUAAUCUGGCAAAACUGAAAUUGUAAAUUACAUGUAUACACCUCAUCCUAUAGUCAAGGUUUGCUUGUGAUUUAUUAUGCAUGGCAACGAAGGCUGUAAAGAGGCUUCAUCAUCAGUCAUUAGAUCUUAGUGGUUUUGGACAAACAUGAACUUGAAGUGUAUUGUUUCCUGUAAUAUGGUUAACGGUAACCCCGUCUCCCUCCCAGCCUGGACCUUUACAGCCUCUGAUCUCUGUUUAAUGUCAAAGCAGCUGAGCUGUGAAGCCAGACAGCGCUGUCUCCGCUGUUCACUGCUUUUAUAGAUUUAGUACCACUGUCUACAUGCCUUUACUCUCCAUCAGACAAACUGUGCUCUUCCCCCCUUUGUGUAAUCGGCCUCCAUUUCUUAGUUUUUUGUACUCUUGUUGUUAAAAUACCUCCGAACCAUCACUACCAACACCCGCUGUUGUCGGUUAGUUGUCUGUGUUUCUGAGCCUGAUGUACAAGUGUUAGUUCAUAACUGGGAAUUUUCUUUUUUUCUUUUGUUGUUAUUUUUUUUUUUAUUUCACCUACAGGAUAAUAAUAAGGUUAAAAUCUUAUCAGCUAGCUGAAUGUUAUGCAAGUGUUCUGAACGUCUUACUGACGCCCGUGGACUACACUUUGACCCCAGUGAAUAACAUGUUUGCUGCUGUGCAGUUGUUGUUGUUUUUUUAAGUUGGAUUAGAGGCCACGCUGUUCUUAGGAUGUUGUUAUUUUAAUGUUUUUAAUCCGCAGUGACUCAUAAAACACUUAACAUUUCGAUUCAUUAUGCACCAUUUGACAAUAACGGUUGUUUGGAAAUUAUUGGGUUGGAGAGAAUUUUUAUUUUGGUGAACUCAUGUAACAGAGAGGAUCGUCUGUAGUUCAUGCAAAGGCUACAUCAAGCGUAACAGGCUUUAUUAACUACACAUUGGCUUCAAUAGUCCAGACGUCAGUCGAUGCUGUUUGACGAGUAGUGUUUUGGAACUUUGCAACCAUUUCCUGUGAAAACACUGAAUAAUCAAUGUGUUUGAUCCUGCGUGCUUUCAGGUGUGAUGACAGUACAAAUGUUCUUUUCUGUUUUCUUUUUGUUAUUUGCCUUGUUCCAACUCAUGUUUGGACGACGAAAGUGGCCUCGACCCGUCAGGUGUCGGCGAUCUCGUGCCACCCCGCCUCCUUUUUUUGAAUCUAUAAAACUAAAACCCCAAACGGGUUGCCUUCGCAUGUCUGUGCCCCUCGGUUUCCUGUGUGAUUUUUAAACUUGUGGUGUCUUAUCUGUUUGUGUUUUAGUGCAUGCAGAUGCAUCUACAGUACAUGUUCAGGUUUCACCCUUGCUGUCUGUUUUAUUUUCUGCCUUUUUUUUUUUAUUUUUGUACUGUAACAGGUUCACAGCAGCUCACCUGCUGGUCCUGAAGGUGCCGCUAAAGUCCCAAUGUUCUUUAUUAGGUAUCACAGUUCAUCAACACUUCUUCUCAUCAUGUUUUUGUGCGACAGUUUGGUUUGGGAACAUAAAAGGUGUGUCCUUUUUUUGUCUUUGUUUUCUUUUUUGUUUUUGUGGCCAGUAGUAAUAAUGUGAGUUCAUGUGUUGUUGUUUUUUUUUCCCCACGUGAUUUGAAAAUGGAAUUGUACUGACUUUCUUUACAUGGUUUGAUUCUUUCCGGUUGGCACAAAAGAACCAGUGUGAUUGUAAAUCCUCGCUAUCAUGCUCUGUCAGAAGCCUUUUUUUGUUUCAAACAUGUUUGCGAUUCGAAGCACUUAUCAAAGUGUCUCACUGCAAGUUUUUUUUUUUAAACAUCUUCAAUGCAGAACCUGCAGAACCUUUAUAUCUAAAAAACAUAUGGAUACCCAAGUAUAUAUAUAUAUGGAGCAUUAUUAACAUUUUGUAACACAAUCAUCAUGUGGCUCAGCUCAGUCUCGGUGUCAGUGCUGUAUUUUAUUGGAAAUCGUCAAACGAAGACACACACGGGAACAUUCUGACACAUUUGUCUCUGCAUAAUAUAAAUAACGUGUUCAAAGUUGUUCAUUUUAAAUUGUACCUGUAUGAUCUCAGUGACGGUACGACAUCGUUUUUACACAUUUAAAACUCUUACAAGAGUUCAAAUACUUGUUAGUAUUUUUUGGACCUUUCCUUAUGUACUGCUGCGGCGUCAGUGUUUUCGACUGCAAAAGACAAAUUAAUAACGUUAAUUUAUUCAUAUAAACUGUGUUUAUGUUUCUGUCACCCAUCGUGCAUUGCAGUACCACGUCUUACACUUAAAGUCGACAUUUCUGUGACGUCGUCGCCUUUUCUCAAAGUGUUUCCUGUAACUGAAACACAGAAGUAAGCUGUUUUUGCUAUCAUGAGUCAGCAGGUAUGGGUGUUUUGUCCGCUGAGUCGUGAUUUUAAGAGUUUAUUUCCCCCCACCGGGACCACCUGUACUCGGAUCAGUAUGUAUUUCUCUGCGAUGUAUGGAGCGUCUGCUUAACUCGCCCACCGAACGGCAAAUGUUCCGUCAUCCAUAAUGAAAUCGAACCAACGGGCUAUGCAGUAACUCAUCCAUGGAUCUCUUUGUCCCACUUUUUUCAACACACUCACCUCUCCUCUAAAUCUACAACAGUUGAUUUGACUUGUUUGUAAAUGUUUUUAAAAGAAAAUAUAUGCAACCCUGUUAGUUUGACCCCCCCUCUUUAGAAAUCCUGUUUGAAUCUUGACGGAGAGAGUUUCUCCUCCUGUAGUUUGUCCUGCUGAUAUAGUCGUUAACACUAAUCGAGGCGGAUGCUGCUCGCGAAAAAACAGAUGUUUUAGGCCAAAUUAUGCACCGGGCAUAUGUGUGACCUUAAUAUGCUGAACAUGUAUGCACUGUGGCACUGAAAGGUCAUUGACACGGACAAUAAGAAGCAUACUUGUUGGCUGAGUGACCCUGGGCGAAGUUUGAUGUUCUUUAUCUCUGACGGUGUUGGAACGGGAUAGAGAUAGAACUGUAAACACCUUGCUGCUGUCGAUCCUCGUGUUGCAACUCGUCAAAAGCGAGAUAACGUUCUGCGUGACCUUUGCUAGACCUUUCAGGAUUUCCUCAGAAGAUUUUGGCUGAACAUCCCGUUGCGUGAACACAUCCAGCCUUGUAAAACUUGUCUUCUGGAAUGCUUGACUGGCAGGACAGACCUUUUCACCCUUGUGUAUUUGAUUGUACAGAGAUUUUUGUAAAUAAUGAUAUUAUGAUAUAUUCUACACCAGCAAAUCUGUCUGUUGAUUAAAAAGUUGUUUCAACUGUUCAGGGUCAGGUUUCCCUAAAAAACGUGACCCGGCACUUCAUUUACAAUCCCAUCGCAGACAGAAGACGCAUCGAGACGAACCACUUUCCUUUGCCAGAGCUGUGAUGAACAGUAUUGACGAGUAGUUUUAGAAGUCUGUGUUAACCUCUAUGUGGUGAUAUGAUUUAUGAGAUUUUCCUCAUUAGGAUUAGACACAUUUCUAAAUGUUUUUUUCUGCGACUGUCUUUUUUUUUUUUUUUACAUUUAUUGUCACUUUAGUAUCAUUUUCAGUCCAUCUUACUUUGAUUUAAAGAAAAAUAGACGUUCUAAAUAACUCAUACUCUGAAUGGUGAUUGAGAACUGAUGGGGAAAUGUGGUAUGUUGAAUUAAACCACAUGAAGUCCAGGUGCCCGUUUACUGUCUGCUGGGUUUUUUGUUUUUUUUAGUGCCGGUCGUUCACACCAACUCCUCCGUGAUCUGGAUUUGGGGCGUGAAAAGUUUUGGGAAGUUACCAGUGCUGGUUGUUGGCGUCAGUUCUGCUGCUGCUUUUAACUUUGGUUUGAAAACGGAAAGGGGUUAAAAAAAAAAGAAAAGACAUUUAAAAGAAAAAAAAAAAAAAACCCCGGCUCCCUGCCUUGUGCAAUGUGUAUGUACUGAAGUGAAGAGAUUUUUUUCUUUUUUCUAAAAAGGAAUUAAACUAAAACUGGAUGAUC